AGGAAAUCGUGACUUGAACACACAGCCACCAAACAAAUGAACAUUCUUAUGUCUUGAGGUUGAACUUCCCAAAAUACAGAUAAAGUGUUCAUUCUUCAAGAUUCCUUUUCCUUGAAACUUACCAACAAAAUACUCUUGGACUCAGAAACUGAGGAGAGAGAGAGUGAGAGAGAGAGGAAGAGGGGGAGAGAAAAAGUGAAAGAGAAAAAAAUGAAUUCAUCCGAAUCAUCUGCAUCACAGAGCACAGAGCGAGGAUGCUUCUCUUCCCAAGUGUUCUCAUUGACUGUUGCUGGGAUCUCCAUCCUACUGCUCAGUGCCUGUUUCAUCACUCGAUGUGUUUUGACAUAUCACAUCUUUCAACUCUGUGAUGAGAAAAAGGACCAGCCAUAUGAGCUCAUGGAAUUCAACUGCUACAAUGAUGAAUCAGGUUCAGUCAAGAAUUGCUGUCCAUUGGGCUGGGUACAUUUUCAAUCUAGCUGCUACUUUUUUUCUACUAACAUCAAAAGCUGGUCAGAAAGUGUGAAAAACUGCUCCAGCAUGGGAGCUCAUCUGGUGGUUAUCAACUCAGAGGAGGAACAGAAAUUCCUUUUCCAUGCAAAACCUAAAGGUAAAGAGUUUUAUAUUGGGCUAACGGACCAGGUGGUUGACGGUCAGUGGAAAUGGGUAGAUGGCACACCUUUCACGGAGUCUCUGAGCUUCUGGGAUGCAGGGGAGCCCAACAACUUAUUUACAGUGGAGGACUGCGUCACCAUAAGAGACUCUAAAAAUCCUCGGCAAAAUUGGAAUGAUAUGGCCUGUUUCUUAAAUAUGUUUUGGAUUUGUGAAAUGCCAGAUAAAAGUAUUUUGGACAAAGAGAAGUCUUCAAGAACAGAAGGCCCACCUUUAAUGUAGGGGUGAGGAGGACCAAGAACAUGAACACAGCCACAACUCCACCGUGAGAAACGUGUGCGUUGUACUUCAGAAGGGCUCCACAAGUGUUUGCUGAUUUGAUGUGAAUAAAAAUAAAU